CAAAAAAAAAACACACACACGAGGAUUUACGAAUUACAUUCAUUACAUAGCUGUUUUUGCAAGUAAAAUAUGGGACAACAGGAAUUUCAAGCUAUUGUGCUGGCAGCGGGAAAAGGUACUCGGUUGCCGGAAAUAUUGGAAGGACGUCCAAAAUGUCUGCUACCCAUUGGCCCGUAUCCAAUGAUUUGGUAUCCCUUGCAGCUGCUUCAACGACACGGUUUCACCGAGGUCUUGGUUAUAGUGCAGGAGUCUGAAAAGUCGGAAAUACAGCAGCGGUUGGAAAGAUUACAGUUGAAGCUGAAGUUGGAAUACUACUCAAUACCGACCGAUUCCGAGUGCGGUACCGCUGAUUCACUGAGACUCGUUUCGGAUAAGAUCAAAUCGGAUGUGGUGGUACUGUCAUGCGAUUCCGUAAUAGAAGUGAAUCUAUAUCCACUGCUUUCCAAGUUUCGCGAAAAAGACGCUUCCAUCCAAAUGCUGCUUAUGGAAGGCGGCAAGGAUCAGGAUGUGGUAAUGCCUGGCCCAAAAUCGAAAUACAAAGCAGAGAAAGAUAUUAUUGGUUAUGAUCAAGCUACUAGCAAGGUUCUUUUCAUGGCCUCGGCCAGCGAUUUUGAGGAAACCGUCAAAUUAUCUGGACAUCUGUUGCGAGAAAAUCCGGAGAUGAAUAUUUCAUCCUAUUUGCUUGAUGCGCAUGUUUACAUCAUGAAAAGGUGGGUUGUGGAGUAUCUAGCAGUGACCGAUGCGUUGUCUGCGGUGAAAGGGGAACUACUGCCACAUAUAAUUAAGAAGCAAAUGCUCCAGCCACCCAUCGUCCCGGAAAGCGAUGGAACGUCGGAAUAUACCAUCAAGCCGAAAGUGGACGAUAUUUUUCAGUAUGCAAUGUACACGGAAAUGGAUAAAAAGAUCGAUAAAGCUUCAAUCUUCAAUAAGGAAGAGAAGGCCACUUCCCAUCCUAUUCGCUGCUAUGCGUAUUUUACCGAUUCGAACGCUUUCGGUUUGCGAGUGAAUAAUGUCCGCUCGUUUCUAUCUUGCAAUUUGAAGAUUUUUGAGAUCUUUCCGGCUUUGACGGGAUUUACAGAACGAGAGCUGGUGUCACAGACGAGUUCUAUCAAAUCUACUCAAAUUACAAAAUGUGCCGUUGGUGACAUGACAACGAUUAGCGAAAAAACGUCACUCAAUCAGAACGUGAUUGCGAACGGUUGUACGAUUCAGCAGAAGACACGUAUUAACAGUAGCGUACUUAUGGAUGGCGUGACUGUAGAAGAGAAUGUUGUAAUCGAAAACUGCAUAGUCGGCGAAAAGGCGGUUGUAAAGCAAGGAUCGGUUUUAAAAAAUUGUCUCAUUGGGCCAUACUUUGUUGUAGCAGCCAGCACGAAGAAGGAAAGCGUCUAUCUUUCGAAUGCGGACGGUUUCAUGACGAUUGAUUAAAAGUGGAAGAUGCAAUCAACGUUUCACUUUGUUACGGAUAUGCAAGAAAUCAAACAAAACCGUAAAUA